CACAGGUACCGGCCGGAGCCUGCGCAAAGCGCUGUGUCACACCGACAGAAGCAUCCAGGGAACAGAAUGGUACCGUGGGGACCCAGCUAAGGGAGCCGUGAUAUUGCUGAAGGUAUUAUAUCGGUCUCUUUGGAAGCAGAAACACAGGAAUGACUGGCGGACAGUGAUGCGCAACCCUCCUGGCGAGACUCGCCUACAGCUGCUCAUUCCGGGACACUUGGCACCCAGCCUCCAAGCGGAUUCCCAGCAGAUUGUACAGGGAGCUGCUUAGUUCAGCCCCCACAAAGAAGGUCCCCAUGCAGAGUUCAUUUGGUCCCAUAGUCCCUCCGGGUGGGGAGAAUAACAGUGACCUUGCUCUCACAGGCUCUCAGGUCUCUGUCACCCGACGCCCCAGCAGCGCUGGCAGCACCAAGCACAUCACUCGCUCAAUCUCCGUCAUCACUGACUGCCGGAGCAAGGGAAACCCACUGAAAGACUCCCCACGGGCCAUCAACAACCUUCGUAGAUCCAACAGUACCACCCAGGUGCCACCAGAGAACAGCUCAGCUUUUAGGGAUCACCAAGAUGAGUUCCUGGCUUUUUUUGAGAGCAGCUCAAUUGGAAGAAAGAAACUCGACAGUCUGGUUAAAACUUCACCUGAAAAGAAAACCACUUGGAAUAUUUUGGAUGAUCAGCCCCGGGUAUUCCCUGUGCCUUCUAGUGCCCGAAGCUCCAGUUCAGCACAAGGCUUAAGUUUGAAGAAAAGGGACACACCUGCUCUGGCGCCAAGUUUUCCAGCCAACAACAGAAGCAACAAGGGAGCCGUUGGUAAUAUGGUAACCACAAUGGUGCACAAUAACUAUGCAGCUGGAGAGCGAGGACUAAGCAACAAGAGCUCCAACCAGCGCCCAGCAUCACUUAAUAAUCUGAGAAGCCCUGGUGUGGAAGAUUCUGGGAGCAGUUUUCAGAAAUCCCAGAAGAAUCUGUCAAAUGCAAAUAAUUUGGGGCGUAAUAAUGCAGGUGGUGGCACACCCCCAAAGAGAAAAGAAGUGACUGCAGAGGAGGCAGAGAGAUUUAUCCAGCAAGUGAACAAUGCAGCCGUCACUAUCCAGAGAUGGUACAGGCGCCAGUGGCAGAAGCGCAGGUCUGGGGAGGAAGCUCUGAAGCAUCUGAUGGCUUCUAAAAAGGAGGAAAGGCAACAACACAUGGAGGAGGGUAACCUCCUAACUCCCCAGCAAAGCAGGGAAGAGGAACGCCGGAGAGUCCGUGAGGAGAAAGCUCGGCAAGCUAGACGGGCAGCAAUCCAGGAGUUGCAGCAAAAGCGAUCACAGAAGGCAUUAGAAACCCAACAGCUAGUGGAAGAGGAGAUACAUAGACUGGUUCAGAAUGGUAAAGUUGGACGGAAAAAGACUGUGAAGAAUCCUGUAUCAUCACCACUAGGGAACCGCACAAAGGCCAAUAACACAGGGUCCAGGAUUCAGACAGAGAUAAACCAGGAAGAUGCUGGAGUUCUAAUGUUCAGUCCAGCUCCAGAAAACAACAAGGACGAGGAACAGAAAAUACAGGUAUCCUCGCAUGCUGAGCAGACAUUUAGGGAUUUGGAUAUUGAGUUUUCUGCCAGCAGAGCCCAAUCUAAAACCACACUGACAGAGUUGCUAGAUACCUUAAGACAGCUUGAAGAGCCAGAGCCUUUGCCAGAGAUCAAGUCUGAACCCAAGGACAAGUAUCAAUUCAUUGAUGGGGAUAUAGACAGUUCACUUACUGUUGACAACCUGGAACGUCUUGGUCAGCUUACACAUAACGGGGAGAGGAAGGAGGAGAUCAACGGUGUUUUAUUAUCAGAAGCCAAACUACAGAGCAUUAUUAGCUUCCUGGAUGAGAUGGAAAUAUCUGAACAGGAGAGACCACGGUCAGCAGCCUCUAACACUCAGAAGGGAGCUUUGCUCUCUGAAGAAGAGCUAACACAUCUGGAACAGGCCUCUGCAGUUGCCACGGAAGUGACAAGUUCCAUGUUAAAGUUGCGUCUGGAAGUGCAGGAGAAAACAAGAGCCUUGAACCUACUGCAGACAGCCUUAGCCCAGCAGCGAGAGCUAACAGUACGACAUGCUAAACAGACUGAGAAAGAACUAGGGCAACAGCUGAAACAGCAGGGUGAGCAGUACGAAGCCACUAUCCAGAGACAUCUGUCAUUUAUAGAUCAGCUUAUUGAUGACAAGAAAGCUCUAAGUGAAAGAUGUGAAUCUCUAGUAAAAGAGCUAAAGCAGGUGGAUCAAAAAUACUCGAGCAAGAUCAGCCAAAUGCAAGAACAGCAUGAGAUGGAAAUGAAGAAGCUGCAGGACCUGAUGUCAGCCACCGAGAAAGUGCGACGGGAGAAAUGGAUUGAUGAGAAAACUAAGAAAAUUAAAGAGAUCACUGUAAAGGGGCUGGAACCUGAGAUCCAGAGACUCAUUUCCAAACACAAGCAGGAAAUACGCAAGCUAAAAGCAUUGCACGAGGCAGAACUGCAGCAGUCAGAUGAGCGAGCCGCCCAGCGAUAUGUACGUCAGACUGAGGAGAUGCGGCACAACCUUGAGCGGGAGAAAGAAGAAGUGAGCCAAAGGGAACGGGAGCUGGCAAAGCAAAGGUAUGAGAAGCAUCUUGUUCAGGAAGAGCAAUCUCUGCAGGAGCAGCGCAGGCGUCUGUUCCAAGAGGUAUCGGAGGAAAAGGAGAGGCUCAACCAGCAGGCAGCCAGGCAAAGAGCUGAGCUGGAUGAACUAAGAAAGCAGCUGGAAGAUAAUUGUGCUCUGGCCACAAGAGUACUGAAGGAAGAAUAUGAGAAGAGCAAGGAUGAGCAGGAGAGGAGGCACCAGGCUGAGAUAAAAGCCCUGAAGGAGCGGUUAGAAAUUGAGAAGCAAGCUUGGGAACAGAACUACAUGAAGAAGGAGGAAACUUGGCUGCUGUCUCGGGAGAGAGAGCUGAAGGAAGACGUUAGGAAAGGGAGAGACAGGGAAAUUGAACUUGUCAUCCAGCGUCUGGAGUCUGAGAUGUCAACAGCCAAAGAUGAAUGUGAGAGGGCUUGUGAAAAUAGGAUUAAACGGAUACGGGAUAAGUAUGAAUCGGAGCUGCAAGAAUUAGAGAGAUCAGAGAGGAAGCUGCAGGAACGCUGUAAUCAGCUGAAGGAGCAAGUGACAGAGCUAGAGGGAGAGCAGAUCCGGCUUCAGGGACUUCUAAGACAGAAAGAGCAGGAGAUUGAAGAUAUUAGGAAGGUUACUGACCGCCUAAGUGAGGAAAGAAAAAGCCUUUCUGAAGUGAUCCGUCAGGAGUUUGCGGAUAGACUUGUACUGACAGAGGAAGAGAAUAGGCGACUGAAAACAGAGGCAUCAGAGGCAAGGGCCCGACAGCGCCUGGAGCUGGAGAGAGUCAAUCGUGAAAAGGAUGAGGAACUAGAGGAGGUGCACAAGAGGGUAAAGACAGCCAUAGUGAAGAAAGAAGAAACUGUGAACAGUCUACGGAAGCAGUGCGAGGCAGCUGUAAAGAGAGCAGAUCACCUGGAGGCUUUGCUGGAGCAGCAAAGAAAACAGCUUUUGGCCAAAUAGCCGCCCCUUUAAUUGGACUCGUGCCCUUCCCAGUUGGACUGUUGUGGCUAACGGUGAUACCACUGCUGGAAUAUUUCCCUGGGUCUUCUGUUUCUAUCCCAUUUUAAUGUUUAUAUUCCCCGAAUUGUUUUUAACAGUAAAAGAAAUGCUUUUUUUAAUCUCUGUGUGACUUUUAUAUUUGUUCCAGUUACUUAAAAGGAAAAUUGACAAAAGAUAUACAGUAGUACAGGUAUGGGACCUGUUAUCCUGGAUGUUUGGGACCUGGGGUCUUCCGGAUAAGGGAUCUUUCUGUAAUUUUGGAUCUCCAUUCCUUAACUCUACGAAAAAAUCAUUCAAACAUUAAAUAAACUCAAUAGGAU